UCGCUGGAGAGUCCAACUCGCAGGAGGACGAGCGUUUGUGCAAUGCUGUGAGUUGGAAACGCAGCGAAUUGUAUUUAUUUUUUGAAAAAAAGGCUCAAUUUGACUUCAAAAUAAAAACAUUUGUUGCAAGUAGACGGGCCAAAAAUCCAAGUGGAGGAAAUGGCUGAAGAGGAUGAAGAAAACCACCUUAAAAGUUUCGGAGAAGACGAGAGAGUGCAGUAUAUAGCGGAUUGGAUCAUCAUCUCACUCAGACUCCGAGCUGACCCAUGGGUCAAAUUCAUUGCGAGCAAAGAGAACCAAAAACUCUUGUCGGAGUUUCUCGAAAGAGAGUAUUUUCUGGUGUGGUUUCUCAGCGACACCGGACUCCUGGCAGCCUCCAGGGAGUUACCUUCAAACUUCAAAAGUAAAGUUGUUUAUGUAAUCAAGAAAAUUAGUGGUCCUGUUCUAAAAGAGAAUUACAGAAGAGCUCUACUGUUUGGGCACUUGUCUGCAUCUCCAAUAAAUCAAAUUACUACAUUGGUCGAAGAGGUUCUAGUACAAGUCCUUUCAUGCAAGAGAAACCACAGAACAUGGCCACAGUUUAUUUCACAAGAUGUAGACCGUCAUGUGGAAAAUAUUAGAAACAAAGUUUAUGUUGUGAAUGGCCAAGCGAUGGGACGGACUCUCCUGCCUAUACCCAGCGUUGCAGCCAAAAUGGGAGGCAACAGUCAAAAACCAGGGAAUGGGAACAAGCUGGACCAUUAUGAUCGUUUAAUUGUUCAUCCAAUUGAAUCGAUGGUAAUCAAAUGGACUCAUGAGAUUCGGGAUGUAUUGAAGAAGGAUUCAGCUGAACCAUUGUUGCAAGGACUUAAUCCAGGUCCGAAGACAGAGCUGGAUUUUUGGAAGGCAAGGAAAGAAAACUUGCUGUGUAUUCAUGAACAACUUCAGACUCCAGUUGUUCGAAAAAUGGCUAAAAUCCUAGAAACUACAGAAAGCAGCUAUUUUCCCACUUUCAAACAAAUUUUACAAGAUGUUGCAGGUGCAUUGGUUGAAGUCCAAGACAUCGACCUCCAUCUUAGACCGCUGCAGCACCAUAUUGAAAUUUUGCAAGAGAGUGAACUUGCAGAGACUCUUGUGUUCAUUCCAGCUCUCUUUCACACCAUCUGUCUCAUCUGGAGCCAUUCCAAAUUUUAUUGUGUUCCUCUUCGCAUCAUUGUUGUCCUGCAGGAAUUCUGCAAUUUGUUGAUUGAAAAGGCAAUAGUUUCUUUGUCACCAGAGGAACUUUUGAAAGAGGAGGUUGAGGAGUCCCUGGAACAUGUACAAAUAUCUGUGAAAAUCUUUAGAGCUUAUAAGGACUGUUUCUUGAAGCACAAAGAAAAGUUAGCUAGCUAUUACACAAAGGAACAAGAUUGCAAACUCUGGGACUUCCCAUUAUCAAUGAUUUUCUCACGGUUUGACAGAUUUUUCAACCGUCUGCUAGAGCUUGAGGAUUUGUUUGUUACUAUGCUAGAAUUCCAAAAACUGGAGAGGUUGGAGUUUGGUGGCAUGAAGGGAAAAAUACUAAGUGAACAAGUUUCUAAAAUGAACAAUGAAUUCUUGGAGUGCUGCAAAGUUUUUAAGGAAAGCACCUAUGAUCCUUUGGAUUAUGAAUGCAUGGAUUUUGAAAAAGACUACAAUAUGUUUAAAGAACAAAUUGUGGAUUUUGAUCGGCAGCUUGGGACCAUUCUGUGUGCAGCAUUUCAAGAUUGCUCCGGGUUGGAGGUUGCUUUUAAGCUUCUAGCUGUAUUUGGUGCUUUCCUGGAUAGGCCCACCAUUAAGGAGGUUUUUAGUCCCAAGUACUUUACUUUGCUGGAGAUGUUUGAUCAAGAACUGGACAGAUGUAAAUGUUUAUUUGAUAAACAUGUAGAGCAGGAGCUGAAAGGUGCUGUGUUAUUAAACAAGAACAUGCCUUCAACUUCAGGAAACUUAAAAUGGGCCAAAGAACUUAAGGAAAGGAUUCAGAUACCUUGGUCAAAUUUCAGGCUUAUUGAUCACAUAAAUCUUGAAGGCUCAGAAGCUGGGAUAGUCUAUCAGAAAUAUAUGGAGAUGCUGACUUUACUGGAUGAGUAUGAAGAACAGAUUUACUUGUCAUGGACAAGUGGGGUUCACACAAUUUGUCAGUUCAACUUGGAUCAAACAAUUAUCAAGCGUAAUUCUGAAACUGGUUUUCUCAGUGUGAACUUCGAUCAUCAGCUUGUUGCUGUACUGCGAGAGGUGAAAUACCUUCAGAUGUUAAAUCAACCUGAUGUUCCAGAGGCAGCUGCAACCAUCUUUGAAAAGAGAGAAACUUUGACUAAGUACGUCGGAACCUUGGAAUUGAUGGUGAAGUGGUACAAUAAGCUGAAACAGACUGUCUUGGAAGUUGAGUUUCCACUAAUCUUUAAUGAAUUGGAAGCUAUUGAUGAUGAGCUGAAGGCUGCAGAGGAGGCUAUUACUUGGCAGAAUGAAAACUGCUGGAACUGCAUUGUCCACUUGAAGGACGCAGUCUAUGAUCUGGCAAGCAGGGUUCAGAAGACCAAAGAAAAUGUAGAAACACUACAAACACUCAUGAAAGCUUGGAGUGAGAGUGCAAUGUUUGCAAGAAGGGAUAACCGAAGAGAUAAUCUGUUGAACCUGGAAGACCGAGAAGACAGAGUAGUCAAGUGGUACAAAUUGAUAAGGGAGGAUGGUAUUACGAUUCACAAAUUGGUUGAGGAGAAUCUCAGACUUCUGAAGGCAGACCCAGUUACUAAAUCAUGGAAGGCCUAUUUGGAGUAUAUUGAUGACAUGGUUUUAGAUGGUUUCUUCAAUGCUAUUUCAUGCUCCCUUGAGUUUUUCCUUGAGAACACUGAAGCUACUUUAAAACCUGCACCAUUGUUUGUAUCACAAAUGAUGCUCAGUAUCCCAGAGAUUGUAUUCAAACCUUCUCUAGAUAAGGAUGCUGCAGAUGGAUUCUAUGAUUUAGUCGAAGAGUUGAUAAGUGACAUUUACAAAAUGGCUGCACAGGUGAAAAGAGUAGCUGGCCAUCUUGAGAUUGAUAGUUAUCAGGAUGAUAUGGAGGAUAUACUUGACCUAUCAGAGGUCCGGCAAGAGAUCAUGGAUAGGGUAACAGAGAUCAUUAGCAAAGCUGUGGACUACAGAAAUUCAUUUGACUCUUACUCAUACCUUUGGGUAGAUGACAGGAUAGAGUUCAUGAAGCAGUUCUUGCUGUACAACCAUGUGUUGACUGCAGAGGAGAUUGAAACUCAUGCUGAUGAAGGUGUUCCCGAGUGCCCUCCUACUACAGAACAGUUUAAGGAACAGAUUGAUAUUUAUGAAAAUCUAUAUAUCCAGAUCAGCAAACUUGAAGACAGUCGAGUCUUUGAAAGUUGGUUUAAAGUUGACAUUAAACCAUUUAAGAUGGCAUUGUUAAAUACAAUCAAAAAAUGGAGCUGGAUGUUUAAAGAACAUCUCAUGCAUUAUGUUACUGAUAGCCUAAGUGAACUUGAAGAAUUUAUAAAGGUAACAGAUAAGGGACUUAAAAAGAAGGUGAAAGAAGGAGACUAUAAUGGCCUUGUUGAUAUAAUGGGACAUCUAAUGGCAGUCAGAGACAGACAGACCACCACUGAUGAACUUUUUGAACCGUUAAAGGAGACGAUUAACCUUCUUGAGAGUUAUGAUCAAACAAUGCCAGACCAGAUUUACAUGCUGUUAGAGGAAUUACCAGAGAAGUGGAACAAUACAAAGAAGAUAGCUGCCUCUGUGAAGCAUGAAGUUGCAGCCCUCCAGACUGCAGAGGUGUCACUCAUCAGAAAAAGAUGUGUGGCAUUUGUUGCUAAGCAAGUUGAGUUUCGAGAAAAAUUCCAAGUGGAAGCACCUUUUACAUUUAAUUCUGCAAAUCCAUAUACAUUAUUGGAUAAGGCUAACCAGGAGCUCACUACCCUGGAGGAAGAGACGAUACAAAUGCAAGAAUCAGCCAACCUGUUUGAGGUCACCGUUCCGGAGUAUAAACAAUUAAAACAAUGUCGCCAAGAUAUAGUUUUACUUAAGCAACUCUGGGAUAUUAUUGUAUAUGUGAAGACAAGCAUUUACGACUGGACCAAGACACAGUGGAGACAGAUCAACGUGGAGCAAAUGGAUGUGGAGCUAAGAAGAUUUUCAAAGGACAUCAGAAUGCUUGACAAAGAAGUGCGUGCUUGGGAUGCAUUUGUCAGUUUGGACUCCAGUGUGAAGAACCUGCUCACGUCACUACGAGCAGUGACAGAAUUACAAAACCCAGCUAUCAGAGACAGACACUGGUACCAGCUGAUGAAUUCCACAGGGGUUAAGUUUAUAAUGAGUGAUGACACAAUUCUGGCUGAUCUGUUAGCUCUGAAACUACAUAGAGUUGAAGAUGAAGUCCGGAACAUUGUGGACAAAGCUGUAAAAGAGUUGGGAAUAGAGAAGGUCCUCUCAGAAAUCAGCUACACAUGGACCACCAUGGAGUUUUCAUAUGAGGAACACCAUCGAACGGGAACACCCCUGUUGAAGUUUGAUGAAGAGCUUAUUGAAAUUCUAGAUGACAGCCAAGUGCAGUUACAAGUUAUACUGCAAAGCAAAUAUGUGGAGUACUUUAUUGAACAGGUCUCAGCCUGGCAAAAAAAGCUGACAGUGGCAGACUCUGUCAUCUUUAUCUGGAUGGAGGUCCAACGCACAUGGUCUCAUCUUGAGAGUAUUUUCAUUGGAUCUGAUGACAUUCGAAACCAACUUCCUGAAGAUGCCAAACGAUUUGAUGGAAUAGAUUCAGACUUUAAGGAAUUAAUGUCAGAAACAGCCCAAACAAAGAAUGUCCUUGAAGCAACAAAUAAACCAAAGCUGUAUGAAAAACUUGAAGCUCUUCAACAAAGAACAGAGGAGGAUCUGGAAGUCACACGUCAUCUUGCAAAACUCUUUGAUAGCAUGGCUGACCUUAAAUUUGAAAAUGAUGGAGAAAUGGAGAUAAGUAAGACUGCAACAGGAAUGUACAGUAGAGAGAAAGAGUAUGUCCCAUUCCAAGCAAAGUGUAAAUGCGUUGGGCAGGUUGAAAUCUGGUUAAAUCGAUUAGAGGAAAAUAUGCGGGAAACAGUCCGUCAUCAGAUUACGGAGGCUAUAGCAGUUUAUGAGGAAAAGCCAAGAGACCAAUGGAUUUUUGACUAUCCAGCUCAGGUUGCACUCACCAGCUCACAAAUAUAUUGGACUACCGAUGUGGGAAUUGCAUUUGAAAGGCUUGAAGAAGGCUAUGAAACAGCACUGAAAGAUUAUAAUAAAAAACAGGUGGUGCAGUUGAAUGUUCUGAUCAACAUGUUACUGGGAGAGCUGACAUCAGGGGACAGACAGAAAAUUAUGACUAUAUGCACUGUAGAUGUCCAUGCUCGGGAUGUGGUUGCAAAGCUCAUUGCUCAGAAGGUUACAACUGCCCAAGCCUUUGCCUGGCUGUCUCAAUUGCGACAUCGCUGGGACAAUGUCCAGCAGCACUGCUUUGUCAACAUAUGUGAUGCUCAGUUUCAGUACUUUGAUGAAUACUUAGGGAACACUUCUCGACUGGUGAUUACUCCACUGACUGACAGGUGCUAUAUUACCCUGACACAGUCUCUUCACUUAACCAUGAGUGGAGCACCUGCAGGCCCUGCUGGGACAGGCAAAACAGAGACCAUUAAAGAUCUUGGGCGUGCCCUAGGUGUCAUGGUGUAUGUCUUCAAUUGUUCUGAACAGAUGGAUUAUAAGUCCAUAGGAAAUAUCUACAAAGGUUUGGCGCAAACUGGUGCUUGGGGCUGCUUUGAUGAGUUUAAUCGGAUCUCCAUUGAGGUUUUGUCAGUCAUUGCAGUGCAGGUUAAAACAAUACAAGAUGCCAUCAAAAACAAGAAGAAAAGAUUUGUUUUUCUUGGGGAAGACAUUUCUUUGAAAUCUGCAGUUGGCAUAUUUAUAACAAUGAAUCCUGGUUAUGCUGGUCGAACAGAACUACCAGAAAAUCUUAAAGCACUUUUCAGGCCUUGUGCUAUGGUUGUCCCUGAUAUUGAACUGAUUUGUGAGAUUAUGCUGGUUGCAGAAGGGUUUUUAGAUGCCAAGUUGUUGGCCAGAAAAUUCAUCACUUUGUAUACUCUUUGUAAAGAGCUACUUUCGAAACAGGAUCAUUAUGACUGGGGUCUUCGUGCAGUGAAAUCUGUUUUAGUUGUUGCUGGCUCACUUAAGAGAGGAGACAAAAAUAGACCAGAAGAUCAGGUGUUAAUGCGUGCUUUAAGGGAUUUCAAUUUGCCAAAGAUUAUCACCGAUGAUGUGCCCAUUUUUAUGGGGCUGACUGGUGAUCUGUUUCCUACCCUGGAUGUUCCUAGAAAGCGAGACCAGGAAUUUGAACAGAUGGUCAGACAGUCCACUCUGGAACUCAGCCUACAGCAUGAAGAAAGCUUUAUCCUCAAGGUGGUUCAGCUAGAAGAGUUGUUGGCUGUCCGUCAUUCAGUCUUUGUAGUUGGAAAUGCUGGAACAGGAAAAAGUCAGAUAUUAAAGACUUUGUACAGAACAUACGGAAACAUGAAACGGAAACCGAUCUGGAAUGAUCUUAACCCAAAGGCCAUCAGCACAGAUGAGAUGUUUGGUUUUAUACACCCUGCAACUCGAGAGUGGAAGGAUGGUCUUUUCUCUUAUAUUAUGAGAGAGCAAGCCAAUGUAACACAUGAUGGUCCAAAAUGGAUUGUGCUGGAUGGUGAUAUAGAUCCCAUGUGGAUUGAAUCACUAAACACAGUUAUGGAUGAUAAUAAGGUCUUGACACUUGCCAGCAAUGAACGUAUUCCACUUAAUCCUUCCAUGCGGCUUUUGUUUGAAGUAAGCCAUUUAAAAACAGCUACACCGGCCACUGUUUCCAGAGCAGGCAUUUUAUUUGUUAAUCCUCAGGAUUUGGGCUGGAAUCCAUACGUGACCAGCUGGAUUGACACAAGGAUUUACCAAUCAGAAAAGACCAACUUGACCAUUCUCUUUGAUAAAUAUGUUCCUUCGUGUCUGGAGCAACUACGAUCUUCUGUAAAGACCAUCACCCCCAUUCCUGAAAAUAGCAUGGUCCAGACACUUUGUGCCCUUUUGGACUGCCUGCUGACUCCAAAGAAUGUGCCUCCUGACUCUCCUCGAGAACUUUAUGAGCUUUAUUUUGUCUUUGCCUGCAUCUGGGCCUUUGGGGGAGCGGUGUACCAAGAUCAGCUGGUAGACUAUCGUGUUGAAUUCAGUCGUUGGUGGUGCAAAGAAAUGAAAGCUGUUAAACUUCCAUCCCAGGGAACUGUCUUUGAUUAUUACCUAGAUCCUGAAACAAAAAAGUUUAUUCCUUGGUCUGAAAAGAUACCAACAUUUGAAAUGGAAGUGGAUAAUCCUCUACAAGCAGUCCUUGUCCCUACAGCUGAGACCACCCAGCUACAAUUCUUUGUAGAUUUGUUGCUGGACAAAGGGAAGCCAGUUAUGCUUGUGGGAAAUGCAGGAGUUGGCAAAACUAUCCUAGUGCAAGACAGACUUGCUAAUCUAUCUGAUGACUAUAUGGUGUCCAAAGUGCCUUUCAACUACUAUACCUCUUCAGUGAUGUUACAGCGUGUUCUUGAGAAUUCUCUUGAGAAAAAGGCUGGUCGUAAUUAUGGUCCCCCCGGAAAUAAGAAGCUGAUUUAUUUCAUUGAUGACAUGAAUAUGCCAAAAGUCGAUACGUAUGGGACAGUUCAGCCUCACACACUUAUCCGUCAGAGCAUUGAUUACAAACACUGGUAUGAUCGUCAGAAGUUAACACUGAAGGAAAUUCACAAUUGCCAGUUUAUCAGCUGCAUGAAUCCAACUGCAGGAAGCUUCACAAUCAAUCCUCGACUUCAGAGACACUUCACAGUGUUUGCGGUGAAUUUUCCUUCAGUCAAUUCCAUGGAAAUGAUCUACAGCAAAAUUCUAAGUUUCCAUUUUCAGCAUCUAAAUUUUGCAGCUUCAGUCAUAAAGACCAUUCCGGCUGUGGUCCAAGCAACUGUCUGGCUUCAGCAAAAACUUACUCACAUGUUCUUGCCAACAGCCAUUAAAUUCCAUUACAUUUUUAACCUUCGUGACCUCUCAAAUAUUUUUCAGGGAAUACUCUUCGCACUUCCUGAUUGUUUAAAGAAACCAAUGGAUUUGGUGUCUCUCUGGCUUCAUGAGUCAUCCCGUGUCUAUGAGGACAAGCUAGUGCAAUCAAAAGAUUCUGAACUGUUCCAGAAACUUCAGCUGGAAACUGCCAAAAAAUUCUUUGAGGGUAUUGGUGAUAGUAUUUUACUGCAGAAACCAUUGAUUUAUUGUCAUUUUGCUCUUGGAAUUGGCGAUCCCCAUUACAUGCGAGUAAAAGAUUGGAAUGUCCUGAAGAAAAUAUUGACUGACGCUCUUGACAACUUCAAUGAGCUCAAUGCUGUGAUGAACCUAGUUUUGUUUGAAGAUGCUAUGCAACAUGUGUGUCGGAUAAAUCGAAUAUUGGAGAGCAGCCGAGGAUAUGCUCUACUGGUGGGUGUUGGUGGCAGUGGGAAGCAGAGUUUAUCUCGAUUGGCUGCUUACAUUAGUUCUCUAGAAAUUUUCCAAAUCACACUGAAGAAAGGCUAUGGGAUCUCAGACUUGAAGGUUGAUCUUGCUAAUUUGUACAUCAAGACUGGAGCCAAAAACCUGCCAAUGGUCUUUCUCCUGACAGAUGCUGAUGUUCCAGAUGAACGUUUCCUGGUCCUGAUCAACGAUUUGCUGGCAUCAGGUGAAAUUCCUGAUCUGUUCAGUGAAGAAGAAGUUGACAACAUCAUUGGUGGUAUACGUAAUGAAGUCCGAAGCUUGGGACUGAUGGAUAGUAGAGAAAAUUGCUGGAAGUUCUUUUUGAGCAGAGCACAGCAACAGCUUAAGGUUGUUCUCUGUUUCUCCCCAGUUGGUUCAACCUUGCGCGUGAGAGCCCGGAAGUUCCCAGCCAUAGUUAACUGCACAGCUAUUGACUGGUUUCAUGAGUGGCCACAGGAGGCCCUAGUGUCUGUCAGCAGGAGAUUCAUUGAGGAGAUUGAGGGGAUUAAGCCAGAUUUGAAAGAUUCCAUCAGCCUAUUCAUGGCUUAUAUUCACACUAGUGUCAAUGAAAUGAGCAAACAUUACCGCCAGAACGAUAAGAGAUACAAUUACACAACUCCCAAGAGCUUCCUUGAGCAGAUCACACUCUACAAAAACUUGUUGCAGAAAAAACAAAAGGAAUUAACACAGAAGAUGGAACGCCUUCUAAAUGGUAUCCAGAAACUAAAGACAACAGCAUCACAGGUGGAAGACUUGAAAAGCAAGCUUGCAUCUCAGGAGGUUGAACUGAAGUUUCGAAAUCAAGAUGCUGAAGCUCUAAUAACGAAAAUAGGAUUUCAGACAGAGAAAGUGAGCCAUGAGAAGGCAGUUGUUGAUGCAGAAGAGCAAAGGGUAGCGGCAAUACAAGCAGAAGUGGCUUUGAAGAAGAAAGAGUGUGAAGACAAACUUAUCAAAGCUGAACCUGCUCUAGUGGCUGCAACUGCUGCGCUGAAUACCCUAAAUAAGAUGAAUUUGACAGAGUUGAAAACCUUUCCCAAUCCUCCUGUGGCAGUCACAAACGUUACUGCAGCUGUUAUGGUGCUCUUAGCUCCCAAAGGCAAAAUACCUAAAGACAGAAGUUGGAAGGCUUCUAAGGUCUUCAUGGGAAAGGUUGAUGACUUUCUUCAAACUCUAAUAAAUUACAAUAAAGAACAUAUCCCUGAAAACUCACUGAAAGUAGUAAAAGAACAGUAUCUACAGGAUCCAGAUUUUAAUCCUGAUCUGGUUCGCACAAAGUCAUUUGCAGCAUCAGGUCUCUGUGCAUGGGUUAUAAAUAUCAUCAAAUUCUAUGAGGUGUACUGUGAUGUGGACCCAAAACGCCAGGCUCUAACCCAAGCAAAUGCUGAGUUAGCAACAGCUACUGAAAAGUUGGAAGCAAUCAGGAAGAAACUUUCAGAUCUAGAUGCUAACCUAUACAAACUCACUGCCAGUUUUGAAAAAGCCACAGCAGAGAAGAUACGAUGUCAAGAUGAAGUUAGUCGAACCAACAGGACAAUUGAACUCGCAAACCGACUUGUCAAAGGGCUUGAGUCAGAAAAUGUACGCUGGGCCCAAUCUGUCCACCUCUUUGAAGCUCAAGAGAAAACCCUUUGUGGAGAUGUGUUGCUGACAGCUGCCUUUGUGUCAUAUGUUGGAUCCUUUACUAGAGGAUACCGUCAAGAAUUGGUUGAAGGCAUGUGGCUUCCUUUCUUAAAAUCAUUGAAGGUUUCUAUACCAAUAACAGAAGGUCUAGAUCCUAUAGCAAUGUUGACUGACGAUGCUACAAUUGCAACCUGGAAUAAUGAAGGUUUGCCUAGUGACAGGAUGUCAACAGAAAAUGCCACUAUUUUGACCAACUGUGAACGCUGGCCACUCAUGAUUGAUCCACAGCAACAAGGGAUCAAGUGGAUUAAGAACAAAUCUGGAAGUGAGCUGAAAGUUAUCCACAUAGGACAGAAAAGUUAUUUAGACAUCAUUGAGCAUGCACUAAGUUGUGGUGAUACCAUACUGAUUGAAAACCUGGAGGAAACAGUUGAUCCAGUUCUCAAUCCAGUACUUGCCCGCAACACAAUUAAAAAAGGGAGAUAUAUUAAGAUUGGUGACAAAGAGUGUGAAUUUAACAGCCAUUUCCGACUCAUUCUUCAUACAAAGUUGGCCAACCCUCACUACAAACCCGAGAUGCAAGCUCAGACUACACUCAUUAAUUUUACUGUCACAAGAGAUGGACUCGAAGAUCAACUGUUGGCUGAUGUGGUCAGCACUGAGAGACCAGAUCUAGAACACCUGAAGUCUGAAUUAACCAAGCAGCAGAAUCAUUUUAAGAUCGAACUGAAACGACUAGAAGAUGAGCUCCUUACCCGUUUGUCUGCUGCAGAGGGUAAUUUUCUUGGUGACACAGAACUGGUGGAAAGGCUAGAGACAACUAAACUAACAGCAGCAGAAAUUGAGCAGAAGGUGAAUGAAGCAAAGGAAAAUGAACUGAGGAUCAAUGAGGCUCGUGAAUACUAUCGGCCAGCAGCAGCAAGGGCAUCGCUUCUUUACUUCAUCAUCAAUGAUCUCAGGAAAAUGAAUCCCAUUUAUCAAUUUUCUCUCAAGGCCUUUAACAUUGUAUUUCAUAAAGCUAUUGAAUGGACAGAACAAUCAGAGGACCUGAAGGAGCGAGUAGCAAAGCUAACAGACUCCAUCACAUAUUCUGUGUAUCUCUAUACCAGCAGAGGUCUCUUUGAAAGAGACAAGAUUGUAUUUAUUUCUCACACAACUUUCCAGAUCCUGUUGAUGAACAAUGAGAUAGAUCCAGAAGAGCUUGACUUUUUCCUGAGAUUCACUGUGGAGCAAACAUACAAGAGUCCUGUUGAUUUUCUCUCCACUCAAUCCUGGAGUGCCAUUAAGACUAUGGCAAUGAUGGAUGAGUUUCGUGGAUUAGACAGAGACAUUGAAGGCUCAGCCAAACGCUGGAAGAAGUUUGUUGAAUCAGAAUGUCCUGAAAAGGAAAAAUUUCCUCAGGAGUGGAAAAAGAAGAGCUCACUUCAGAAACUUAUUAUGCUUAGAGCCCUGAGACCAGACAGGAUGACAUAUGCCGUGAGGAAUUUUGUUGAAGAAAAAUUAGGAACAGCAUAUGUCGAUAGUCUACGAAUCGACUUUGCAAAGUCAUUUGAAGAAAGUAACCCAGCUACUCCCAUAUUUUUUAUCUUGUCCCCCGGUGUUGAUCCUCUGAAAAAUGUUGAAUCACUCGGUAAAAAGCUGGGAUUCACUAUUGAUUCUGGAAGAUUUCAUAAUGUUUCUCUGGGUCAAGGGCAGGAGGUGGUAGCUGAAGUAGCUUUAGAAAAAGCUUUCAAGGAAGGCCAUUGGGUCAUUUUGCAGAAUGUUCACCUAGUAGUGAAAUGGUUGGGAACACUAGAAAAGCUGCUGGAGCAAUUCAGCAAGGACAGUCAUCCUGAUUUCAGGGUGUUCAUUAGUGCUGAGCCUGCCCCAACCUCAGAGGAACAUGUCAUUCCUCAAGGAAUACUGGAAAGCUCAAUCAAGAUUACCGAUGAACCACCUAUUGGAAUGCUGGCCAAUCUACAUGCGGCCCUCUAUAACUUUGACCAGAAUAUUCUGGAAAUGUGUUCUCGAGAACAUGAGUUCAAAGCCAUUCUCUUCUGCCUCUGUUACUUUCAUGCGUGUGUUGCCGAAAGACGCAAGUUUGGUCCUCAAGGUUGGAACCGAAGCUAUCCUUUCAAUGCUGGAGAUCUCACUAUAUCGGUCAAUGUCCUUUAUAAUUACCUGGAGGCAAACAUUAAAGUACCUUGGGAAGAUCUGCGUUACCUCUUUGGAGAGAUCAUGUAUGGAGGACACAUUACUGAUGACUGGGACAGGAGGCUGUGCCUCACUUACUUAGAGGAAUCUAUGCAUCCAAACAUGCUUGAAGGAGAGCUUACACUGGCACCCGGUUUUAUUGCUCCUCCCAACUUGGACUAUAUUGGGUACCAUAAGUACAUUGAUGAAAUGCUUCCUCCAGAAAGCCCAGUGUUAUAUGGUCUGCAUUCUAAUGCUGAAAUCGAGUUCCUCACAGUAACAUCGGAUAAUCUUUUUCGAACGUUAGUGGAGAUGCAGCCAAGAGAUUCAACUAUUGGAGAGGGAUCUGCACAGACUACAGAGGAAAAGAUGAAGAGUAUUCUGGAUGAUAUUUUAGAGAAACUUCCUGAAGAAUUCAACAUGACUGAAGUUACAGCAAAAACAGCAGAACGCAAUCCUUAUAUUCUUGUUUGUUUUCAAGAAUGUGAACGUAUGAACAUCCUUACGCGAGAGAUCAGGAAAUCCCUUAAAGAACUGGAUCUUGGACUGAGGGGAGAACUGACAGUCUCACCUGAAAUGGAAACAUUGCAAUCAGCAUUGUACUAUGAUAACGUCCCUGAAAUAUGGAGCAGAAUGGCAUAUCCAUCUUCAUAUGGACUGGCACAAUGGUUCAACGAUGUUAUUUUACGUUGCCGUGAGCUUGAUACUUGGACUCAGGAUCUUAGUCUUCCUGCUGUUGUCUGGCUUUCUGGUUUCUUCAAUCCUCAAUCUUUUCUUACGGCAAUUAUGCAGAGCGUAGCCCGAAAGAAUGAAUGGCCUUUGGAUAAGAUGUGCCUGUCUGUGGAUGUCACCAAGAAGACCAAAGAAGAUUAUAGUCAUCCACCAAGGGAAGGUGCCUACAUUCAUGGAUUGUUUUUGGAAGGUGCAAGAUGGGACAUACAAGGUGGCAUCAUUACAGAAGCACGUCUUAAAGACCUGACUCCCACAAUGCCAGUCAUUUUUGUACGGGCCACUCCAGCAGAUAGGCAAGAGAUGAAGAACACUUAUGAAUGCCCAGUUUACAAGACCAAAGUUAGAGGGCCUACAUAUGUCUGGACUUUCAACCUGAAAACCAGAGAGAAGCCUGCCAAAUGGAUUCUUGCUGGAGUAGCAUUGCUUUUAUCUGUUUAGAAAUAAAUUUACGAAAGAACUUGCUGAAAGUUAACUGAGUAAACAGUGAACUAUUACUCCAAGGGCAUUUAUAUUUUUCAGGGUGCUCUUAGAAAGCCUUUUCUUUGUAGACAUUUACCAGAACUUUAUGUCAUCAAUAGGCAACAGUUCCAAAAAGGUGAAACUUCCAAUAUUAGUUCCAUAAAUUAGAAAUUCACACAAAAGUAACCAAUCAAGUAAAAGUGAGAUUGUACACAAUAGGCAAAAUGCCUCAUUAUGCUAGCAAGAAA